CACCAAUUUCGGUUCCACCAAUCCACCCUUCCAAUUAUGACAUAUGCGAUGAAUGCGAUCCGAACAUUCAGCAGCGAAAGAGUAUAAAAGGGCCAUAAAACGUAUCAGUGUAUGGUCAGUGUUCUUCCCAUCUCUGAGCUACCUUAGGCAUCAACAAACGGCCCCCACCUAAGUCGUAAUCAGCGCACUCCGACAUGCCCUCAAUGAACCAGUAUUUGAACUUCGUUUUGGUCGUCACUACCUUCAUGACUACGGCAGCGGCAUUCUGCCCAACGUGGCCUGGCCAGCAUAGGUUCAUGUCGCAAUGGAUUGGGAGUACAGACGAUCGCAUGAACUACGAAUCUCAACUGGCGUCUUGCGACAGUGCAAAGCAAAGGGACGGUUCCUGGAAUUGUCGUGCUUGCAUCGACUUGUUGGACAAUGGCAAGAAGUUCUGCGCGUUCGAUACCACGACCAUGACAUGCGUCCCAAGACCAUCCAAGAUGACGGAUGAUUAUGUUGGGGAUGGUAAUCCAGAGCGUUGCGCUACUUUGCAGCAAAUCAGUAACCUCAAACCAAAGAAGGAUGAUAUCACGGCUGCACGCACAGAGUGGGAUAAGAUCAAGACUCACGUUCUUGAAGGCGAAACAUCGGAUAAGACCUCAGGCAGACAUUUGUUCACUACAUGGCAGGCGGUGCAUAAGGGUGAGAAGGGAAUAUGCGACACGAAGACCAACCUCUGCUCAUUCAUGCGGGAGACCAAAGUGCACAAAACCGUGUGGGAUGAUCGCUCCACAACGAAAGGCGGAUAUUCGCGUUUGCAAGUGAAGGACAUCUGCAUUGCGGCAAUCAUCCUGCACAAGAGCUUCACCGACAACCCGCUUUCGGUAUCCAUCCAGACCUCCCAGACCGAUACUGGAGCGGGCAAGUCUAUUUGUGUCACCCAUCGUACUAGCGCCUCGUGUUUCCCGGACGGAAUCAAAUUCACACCAAUCGUACCUGGCAAAACGUGUACAGGUACGGGGGAUGCUGAGGACGCGAAUACAGUUCCAGUCACGCUCUGAGUCCCUUGCAGGACUUAAGAUCCGGUGAUGUAUAGCGGUUUGAGUUGUGCGUCCCAAUCGAGUUCAUUGUAGAGCGGGAUUUGUAGACUUUCGGUAGUUGAAUCUAGCGAAGGUCAUUGUUGGUAAUUGGUGAAAUGUAUAGUAUAGGCUUUUGUCUAGUGCUAGACCUUCGAGAUGUUGAGUGCCAAAUGAGAUCGAAACUUGGCCUGUUAGGGAUCCCU